AAGCGCCGAGUCUUUCUCUCUUUCCUCCACCAUCCCAGCUCGAGCUUGACAUGCCUAUAUCACGGUUGAACGUCGUCUGAUAGCUCAAUUUCUUCCCUUUUGACUACAUUAUAGUCUGGAUUAUUUGUGAACGUCACUAAAGGGACGACUUCCGCAUGUACGGUCGAGCCUUGGUGAGAACCUCACUUAGAGGGAUCUCUAGUGUCAGGCCGUUACGAUCACGACCGACGCGACUUGGCUUUACAUCCUCGAGAUAUAGGUCGUCUUCGAGUGCCACUGCAUUCUCUUCCACUCGAACAGACGACUCGACGUCGCAAGAAUACUUACCGUCUACUCAGAGUCCUAAACCCUUCGCGAUUGAACAUGUCGGUGGAAGAGAGCACCAUUUAUCUUGGUCACCUAAAGGCGGAAUCUCGAAGGAAUGGAAAGAGGAGAAAGCCAUAGAUGCAGAUGUCACAAAUGGAACCCCUCAGGCGGUUUCCUCUCCUAUGAUGUCUGGCGCAGUGGGCCGGAUGAAGUCAUGGUUUAUGCAGAUGUUUUUGCCCACCAACUAUCCACAUUCGGUGCAUCGCUCUUAUGCGCCUUACCACAUACUCCAAUUUGUCGAGACCACUCUGGGUACCCUGGUCUCAGUCCUCUGUAACCAAGCGCUUCUUAGUUCGGUUGGUGUCAGCGCCGAGGGCAGUAUAUUUGGUGCGGUAGCAGUUCAGUGGAUCAUUAAGGACGGUGCUGGAGAGAUUGCGAAGUUGUUCUUCAUUCGACGGUUCUCGCCGUACUUUGAUAGUCACCCUAAAACUUUCAACCUCCUUGGGGAAGGUGCGGUCGCGCUGGGAAGUGGCCUCCAGAUUGCUACACUUCUUAUCAACCCAACACCUGUGAACUUCUUGAUUUGCGCAGCUGGAGGAAAUAUCUUCAAGCUCAUCGGUAACGCUAUCUGGCUCACGACACACAUUAAGUUCGUGCGCUAUUUCUCUCAGCAAGGCAACACCGGGGACGUUGCAGCGAAGGAAGAGUCACAAGCAUCUGUUGCUCAACUAUUGGGCUAUUCUGCCGGCAUCGGCCUCCUCACGUUCUCGCAUUCUCCCGCGUACCUCUACUCCAUCUUCUUCCUCUCAGUCCCUGUUCACCUCUUGGUCACCACCUACAUGCUUCAGCUUACGACCUUCGAACUAUUGACUGUGCCAAGGCUGAGUUGGCUUGCCGGCCAGUAUGCGAAGAAGCAGGAUGGAAAGGCGGAAAGAGGUGUUGUCGACUUGGCUGAAGUAGAAAAAUUGAAAACCACUGGUUUGUUCGGAGAGUUUUACAAGAGAAAGAGGGACCGAUAUGUCUCUCUUGCUCCCAAACUGGAAGACGUUGUAGUUAGCAACCCUUUGGAUCGGUCGAAGUGGACUGCCUGUGCUGAAGCGUUCCAUGUGAGCUUCUCGUCCUUACAUCGUCCUACCGUUGUGCUAACACAGGUCUCGCUUCAGGGCGAGAAAUAUCUCCUCUAUCCUCCUCCAGCACAUUCCCGAAAGCCCAUUUCUGCAUUUUACGACCCCUCCGCUUCUGUUGACGAUAUGCUACGAUCCAUCCUUCACGCAGCUCAUCUUCAUGAACUCCUCUCAAACCAGCCGCACGAAGCAAAUGACGCCAACUUGCGUCCCAUGUUGGCGGAAUCUGCCACAUGGACCAAUAAGUCCUUCCCUGACUUUAAGUCUCAACUAGAAGCCAACGGCUGGAAGACGGAGGAGAUUUGUUCUGCUGAUCAUGGUCGGCGUGUCUCCUGGCAGAGCGCACCGGACAAGGCCGAAUAAUUCCCUUGUUAACACCACAUUUCCGUUAACGUUCAGGGCGGACGGGCGACGAUCGAUUAUCAUACGUCUCCACUCACGAUCUAUUAGACACAUUGCUGCAUUAGAAGUACAGAUAUCCAUCAACUAAUAUCCUUUGUCAGUGUAUUUAUCUUAUAUAGUGAUCUUAGAUGUAGGCUAACGUAGCAGAGGUUUACAUGUACGGUUAAUCUCAAAUGGCCCCAGGUAUAAAUCCAGAUGUGUAUCAGACAUUC